CGACGUCAUCCAUGUCACCGUUAGGCGUGAGACAUCUGUAAGAUUCAGGGAAGCGGUGGCUCAUCACCGAUGAUGCUACACAUUUCUAUUUGUUGCCAAUCCUGGUUUACCCGAUACUAUUUUAAAAUCCUAUGACUGUCUAUUUUUUGUUUUGUUUUUCUUUCCCAUUACUUGCUUUCCUCCUCGCGUGUUUGUGGCAUUGCUAUGGCGAGGCAGUGAUUCUCUCUGAAUCUCGGCAAAUGGGACCAGGAGGAUGGUUUUCCAAACACUGCCUGCCCAUCGUGUCUGUUUACGCGUAUGUCUCGGACUUGGAGAGCCAUGGCAAUGCCGAUUGUCGACUCGAAUGAGCCGUUUAGUCCCGCAUCUCAAUCCAACUACUGUCGUUC